UAGUCGUUAGAUGGCGAUAGUUGCUUAUCUGACAACCGGACUGCUGGCAAGGGCGCCUUUUCAAUACCCGCUUGAAUGGGAGAACCAGCCGGUUGGUCGACGAGUGGUUGCCUGACCGGCCGGCACUUCGCGUACCAUCGUCGCGGCGUGCGGUACGUUUGCAUUGACGUUCGCCGUCGUUUCGCGUACUUUCCGCGUUCCUUUCCAAUUUAACUUCCAUCCCGAAAAAAACAUCCGCGCGAAAAGAUCUCGUAAGUAACAACAUUUUCGAAGGAUUCACUGCGAUGCCAUACGUGUACGACCCCUGAAAUUCGAACGUUAAUUAGUAACGUGCCGCGUGUUUUCUCAAUCUCUCAUGGCUCGAGAGUGCGAAGUGAAAGUGUUGGAAGGAUAGAAAAAAAAAGAAACAAGCCGCUCUGACGCGAUAAAAGGAUAUACGAUUUGAUUUGAUAGUGACGGAAAGAAAGAGGCCGAGGUCGUGCGGUAUGAAGUCAUGCCGGCGGCACGGAGGAUCCACGAAAUUCGGCCAGUUUCGUGGAUCGGCGCGCGGCGAUGCGGUGUUCCGGUGAUAAGGGAAAACCGACGCUAAAGUGUGUUAUGCGCGAGUGGGGCCGAUCAGAAGUACGCUAUCCAGCAGCAAGCCGCCGGCAUCAUCGUCGUGAUGCCGUUUGUGAUGCGGAAAGUGGAGCCGCGGCACGUGUGCCGCGGCCACAUGCCGGCGGGCUCGCAUCCGGGCUGGCCGGUGGGCGCCGAGCUCGAGGCGGUGGCGAACGGCGCCCUCACCACCUCCCUCAAGCAAUUGGCCUCCCUCCUGACCGUCGCGGAGGAUAUUUUCGCGGGCCUCACCGCCGAGCUGGCCCAGAUCGCCGAAAGAAGCGGACAUUUACGUCGCAAGAUCGACAAGGUCGAAAAGCGCCUCAGCACUGUUGAUCCCAAGAAGAUACCUGUCCCGGAAUCGAAUAUCUGUACUUUCGCGACGAGGACGGAGCAUUUUCACGUCACGAAUAAACCAUCAACGGGAUUGUUCACGGCGGACACGAGGCCGAAGGCCCUGAGGGAGUUGUACGAGCUCGCUGCCAUAGUCGCCGUACGAAGUUUGGAUUCCUUGAGGAGGGAUGGCAGCUCGAUGGAUAUGUUCCUAUGCACGCCGGUCCUUGGAAAAAGGAGACGAGACCACAGUCUCGAUAUCGAGUCUCGAGUCCCGGCUGCUAUCGAGGAUCUUCGAAGAUGGACAUCUGCCGAAGCGCUCGGCGACGUCACCGUUCCGCCGGAUUGCUCGUCCAGGAUACUGGGCGACACGACCAGCGACGAUGCCGUCGAUCACAAGCUACCUAGCCCCGAGGAACAGGUUCAGGCUAUCGCGCUCAAAUUCCCGGCGGAAAUCGUAGCGGUGGAUGUGAGCGGACGAGGUUUCGAAAGAAUGUCGAUGAGGAGGAGGUCCUUGCUGUCAGGGCCAGAAACUCAGGAAACGGCGGUGAAGAGGAGAUCACGACCGCGCAGGCCGAGGGGGAAGAGACGAAACACGAUCGCCGGUACCGAUCAGAAGGAGAUUCGACAAGCUAUUGGAGGGGAAACGACUGGCGAGGAGCCCGAGGAGACGCUGCCAAGCGCCACACCGAGAGCGCAUCGUUCAGCGAGUACGGAUGUUCUGGAUUCCACGAAAAAAGAUUCGCCUACGGAAAAGAAAUCGCACUUCAACACGCUGAAAGCAUGGGGCAUGUCUAGACUGAAACUAAUCAGUCCGAAAUCAAGCCAACAGCAGCAGCAGCAGCAGCAGCAGCAGCAGCAGCAGCAGCAGCAGCAGCAGCAGCAGCAGCAAAGCGAGCAGGUUCAAGGGCAGACGAGAUCGCCUGAGGAGAUCAAUAUCUAUGAGACGGUGACUACGAAGCGCAGGAGGGACAAAUCGCACGAGAGGAAGCCGAGCUCAUCGAGUUCGAGUGGCAAGAGCACGGCCAGCAUACCGGUAUCGGUACCGAGUACAGACAAUAAACAGCCGAGCGUGAAAUUGCGCGAGAGCGCCGCCCAGAGGCGAGAACGACGGAAGGGCAGUAACCGCGACGAUGCACCGCAUUCGAGCUCCGGAAACUGGAGCGCCUCGUCCGAGAGCGGAAGGGCUAGCAUCGGCAGCGAGACCACCACUACCACGCAUCAGCCCAGAUCCACAACGACAGCUUCGAUCGGUACGUCUUCUACUUCUCUAAGUCAUAUGAGGCGACUCAAGGGAAGGGACACCUCAGCCUCAUCCUCAGUAACCUCUGAGGGCACUUUAACACCGGACAUUAUUCAGGACAUCACUGUGGUGCCCUUUUCCGAUGACGGUGAAACAUCAUCAGUGUACUCUUGUGACACUGAGGGAUAUUAUACUUCGUUUCAUAUGGAUUCAGGCCUGAAAACUCUUAGAGAGGAGGAACUCAUGCCCCAGAAUCCUUUGACCAAAACCAACGAUAUCAGUUCGGAUCCUAUCUCGCCAAUUAUCGAAAAUGAAUACGAAUUAUUUGGUAGAGGAUCAACUUCUACGACAACCAGCUCGGCUGGAACGGUUUGCACCGCGCUUAUGGCACCACUGCCUCCUGAACGCAAAUCUAGCCUCACGGUUGUUGCUAUGGUUCACGGUCAAAAUCAAAACGGCGGAGAAUCGCCCGACAGCGGUCAUAACACAUCUUCAUCUCCCGUUGAAUCUGCUUCGAGUCCAGCCUGUACCGGCCGUUCUUGCUCUGAGUUUGAGUACUCGGAAUCCAGCGAUUUGGAAGGUUGCGAGAGAAUCGAGAGAAUUCGUUCGAAAACAGCGAUCACGACCAGUCGGAUUCCUUCAAUGUGCGUGAUCACGCCACCGGUGUCUGACGAUGAACACGCAAGAGAGACAGAGCAAAACGAGAAGAAAACGAACGAGUCGACAAGGAGAACUGAACUUCAGAGCGGCAGGUCGGUGCUGAUGUCUGCUACCGUUGGCACUUCCAAGAUGGAGGUGAUCAACGGCCAAGACAAGAACCUGUACGCCACUGUGCAAGUGUUGCCAGCAGCCACCAAUAACGACAGAUCGACUACGAUAGGCCAAUCAUCGUUGUCGAUUAAAAUCAGUCCAUUGAGCGGAGUCCUGGACAAACUUCGCGGCGUGCUUCCGGGCAAGAAGCACGCAACGAAGAACGGUGCUGUGCAGGAACUGUCGAAUGCAGACUCCGGCGACUAUGUGACCAUAGCCGACGUGAGAAACAACAACGACAAACGCCCCGCGGAUCCACCCUCGUCAUCGUCGUCGUCAUCGUCAUCGUCAUCGUCAUCGGGCAUGACCACCGUCCAACCUACCGCCACCUACGCCAAUUCCGAUAUCUUCAAGAAGGAUGCAGAGUAUGUGAGUUUGAGCGAAUUGCCGAAGAAACCAGAUUCAUCAUUAGAAAGAAAACGGCAGGGUGCUCGAGUCACCCUAGAUUCUGAAGGCAAAGUCGUUUACUCGUCUGACAGUUUGAAGAGAAGAAAGGGAGCGCAUACCACAUUUAAUCCAGGUCCUUUCGUGAGGGAAGGCAUAUCACCAAGUCCAUCGCCGUUAUUUCAUCGCGCUAUGCCGAACAUCCGCGCUGUCACAAAGAGCGUCGACACGGUGGAUGCAUCAAACAUCAGAACCAUCCCGCCGACAUCGCCUCAGUUGGGCAAGCUAAUCAUUCGGGCGGCGCGAAGUCCGGAUCGCGCCAUCAGUCCGGAUUACGUGCGCACGCCAGCAACCGUGGUCAGUCCCACGAGUCCGAUCAGUCCUCACAGACAGGUCCGCGGGGCUUACGUCAACGUGCAAGGCGACGAAGACAAUACUUUAUUGACUUUACCUCCGGAAUCCAUACCACCUCAGGCGAUCGUUCAACCACCACCCUAUAUUGCCCCACCGAAGCCCGAAGAUCGGCAAAAGUCACAGAAAUAUCAAGAAAAGAUCUUAAAAGAUACGAAACUACCAAAUCUGCGAACCUAUUCCGAAAAUGAGCAACCGAUUGGGCAGGAUCAAAAGCAAGAUAUCUAUGAUGUUCAUCGAAAUAUCCAGCAAUAUGACAAUCGCAGAAAUCUCCUCGAUCAGCAAAAGAUGUCGAACUACGAGUAUCAGCAACGAGCUUGCAACUAUCAGACGGUGCAUAUGCACAAUGCGAGAAACCAGCAGCUCUGUUCGCCGACCAGAGAUAUUAAUCAACAGCAGUUUUACACGCUGCCGACGAGAAGGCCUCAACGAGAGAUCGAACCACCUCGUAGCGUUACACCGGACAUCACCAGAGGCCUAGGACGUGGUUCUCUCAGCAGCAUGCAUAUGCUAGCGAAACAGGGUCAACAGAAAGUCACGAUCGUAGAGAAAAUGGAGCAAGUUCAACAUAUUCCUCAUAUAGAUGCGGAGAGAAGAAAUUUAGAACAAGCAGAGACAAAAAGCAGAUUCGUGCAGAGUCAACCACAAUCGGUCGUGGAUGUCAGAAAUAGGUUCGCAACGCCUCUAAAUCUAGCUGCACUCGGCUAUCGAUUCUUCGCAUCUUCUCCUGCCAACGAUCCUCUUAUAAAGUCUCCUAACGCGGACAUUUUGAGGAAUAAUCCAAUUUCGCCGAUCGGCCACGGCGGUUAUGGAAAUGGUUUCAAAUCGUCCACUCCCACCAACCAUUACGGACGAUCGAUGCCAACUGUGGCGGAACGUCUAGCUCUGACCACCGCCGGCGGCAAUAAUUGCUCGUCACCGAUACCGACGAGUAGCUCCUCAGGUAGAAGCACUCCUAUCCAGACUUCUUCCGGUAGAACGACACCGACCAAUUUGGUCCUGUCGCCUACCAAAAGUACCAUGUCCAACGAAGAGCUAUUCGCCGCGAUUCAUAAAUCUAAAAAAAGACUCAAUAUCAAGCUAAAUGAGAAUGACAAUGAGAAUGUGUCGCCGUAUGGAUCGAUGAAUUCCUUGUUGAAGACACCGGCUGGCACCAGGCACAGUUGGAGUCCGGAAUCUCAAAAAGUUUCUUCAGAGAUACCGACUACGGUGCAGUCGCCUACAUCGCGGAUGGAUUUCAAACGUUUGCUUCUUCAACAGAGUGUAAAAGCUAAUCCCAUGCGAUUAUCGGCUGCAGAACAGCUAAAACUAUCGCGCCAUCAGUGUCAACAGCAACAGCAAUCGUCGCCCAACGCUCAUCAGAGUCCUUUAGCCAAAGUUUUGAGUCCACGCUCAGUCUGGAGAUUCCAAACUCCAAGAACCGACGUCCUUUCGUCCACCAUAAUCGAGGAUACCGCGGCGGAGGAGAAGGCUAUGAAGCCCUCACCGGAAAAUACAUCUCCAAUACAUCUUUCAAGACUGAAUUCCAGACGACAGCUAGAUCUUUGCAGCGAUUUACCAAAUCACUUGCAUGCUACCGAUCACAAGGACAAAAUCAACAAUGAUAGAUUAACGACAGACAAGACAUUAAUGAACGAAUUUCAUAACAUCGAUCCCGCGAUCAAAUCGCUGAAUCAAAACAACCAAAUACGAGAAUUAAUCACAAACAUAUCUAACGAUCCUGCAAUAACCAACCAGGAUUCGUUCUUGAUACCUCGAAACGAUAUCGUCAGUACGACGAUACGGUAUUCGAAGGGCUCGAUCGAAUCCAAAAGUCAGGAUCCCGUGAGUGCUCUCGAGUCAAGGAGGAUCAGUAACCAACUGGCGAGAGCUCAGUUCCUAGCCAGCACACCAACGAGCACUAACCCGUCGCAAAAUCUCUAUUUCAGCAAGAGGUUCAGAGCGCGAUCGGAAUCUCCGCGACACGCGGUGACGCAAAACGUUGCACCGCCCGAGCGCAGCCCGAGUGCUCCUACCCUCGAAACCGCUCUGUGAUUCGUAAAUAUAUCGAUAUUCAGAAACAACAGCCUUGCAGAAGCGUAUAAGAAUUUAGCUCUUCAUUAUUGUGUGAUGCAUAAUGUAUAUAUUUGCUCUAUUUAAGAAAAAAAAAA